UUUUGGGUUUACUAUGUUCCUGAAUUUGGCCAAACCCGAGGACAUAGAGAUAGUAUUAUCAAGCACUAAACAUACCAAAAAAAGCUACGUAUACGAUUUCCUUAAUCCCUGGCUGAGGCAAGGUCUUCUCACCAGCUUUGGACGAAAAUGGCAAUCGAGAAGAAAAAUUCUCACGCCGGCUUUCCAUUUUAAUAUUCUGCAGCAGUUUGUUCCAAUUUUCGAGGAGCAAUCUCAAAUUUUGGUGCGCAAGUUAGAGGAGCAACAUAUUGGAAAAGAACCCAAUAUAGUGCCAUUGGUGACGGAAUAUACACUACAUACAAUAUGCGAGACUGCUAUGGGACUCAAGAUUGAUCAGGAUAAUUCAGCCCAAACAUAUAAGCAAGCCGUUUGCAGUGCAGCAUCCUUAAAAGGGAAGCCUGAUUUAGAGGGUCAUGAUACGUCUUCUAUGGCAAUUACUUACUCAAUGAUGUGUUUUGCUAAUAAUCCAGAAGUUCAGGAAACAAUCGUAGAAGAAUUAACUGAAAUUUUUGGCGAUUCUGAUCGUUUGGCAACGACGCAGGAUUUGCAAAAAAUGCAGUAUUUGGAGAGAUGCAUCAAAGAAGUACUGCGCCUUUAUCCUUCAGUGCCACUUAUAUCCAGAUAUAACGAAGAACCAUUACAACUAAGCAAACAUUUGUUACCGGCGGGACAGACUGUGCACAUCCAUAUAUUCGAUCUCCACCGAGAUGCGACCAUUUAUCCAGAGCCGGAGCGGUUCGACCCGGAUCGCUUUUUGCCCGAGCAAUGUGCGCAGAGGCACCCCUUCGCCUAUAUACCGUUCAGUGCCGGACCAAGGAACUGUAUAGGCCAGAAGUUUGUCCUCCUUGAGAUGAAAUCCGUCUUGUCUGGUAUCCUAAGAAAGUACACCCUGAGCCCAAUUACGCGUCCACAAGAUAUAACAUUCCUUUUGGAUUUGGUGUUGAGGCCCAAAGACCCAAUUAAAGUUAAAUUCAUAUCGAAAAGAAAAGUCAACAACUUGAAGAAAACUGUAUUGAACGGAAAAUGCAAAUUAAGCUCAUGGAAUAAGUUGUUACUGUACAAAAAAAAUGCUGAAACCAAUAAAGACGCACGGAAUCCAACUUUGGCGAACGUCCUAAAAAUCAUAUAUUACAAUUGUCCAAAGAAUCCAAAAUAA